AUGAAAGAAGACGAGGCGUUAUCGAAUAACGAAAUCGAGUUUUCCGAAGAUCCAAAUAUUCAAGAGCUACAAUCAUGCUUCCUUAUCUUUGAUAAACUCAAAGUAGAUUAUGACAAUCUCAGUGGAUCAAUCGAAGUGCCUUUGGAAGUGGAGGAAGGGAAACAGAUAGACUUGAUACAACAAGGCGAGGAAGAACCUGUUACAACUCUAGCCACCAAGAAAGUAAGGUUUUUGUCUCCGUUGAAGUUCAAAUUCAACUUGCCGCGUGGGUACCCCACUGAUAGCCCACCUUUAAUCGACUUGAAAUGUUCCGUAUUGAAACAAGAAAAGAUUGAAGAGUUAGAGCAACUGUUGCUCCAACUAUGGAAAGACUACAAAGAUCGGGUUGUAUUUAGUCUCAUUGAUCAUUUACAAGAACAAUCACAAUCUUUUGUCGAUGAACUACUACCCUCUGUCAUUAAAGUAUCCAACUUUGAGGAGUACAAUGAUAUUCUUGCCUUUGAUGUUUAUGCUAAAGAGGAAUACUUUAGUAACCAAACAUUUACAUGCGAUAUAUGUCAGGUGGUACACAGAGGAGUAAAUUGUACACAAUUUGACAAGUGCUCACAUGUUUUUUGCAAUGAAUGUUUAGAGGGUUAUUUUACAAGCAGUAUAGUCCAAGGAGAAGUCGAUAAAGUGCAUUGUCCUGAUUACCAAUGCACAAAGGACCACUUGGCUGCUAGAGAUGAGAUUAUGAAGUUGGAAACUUGGACGAUGAAAGACACAGGAGUGAAAAACAUUGUGGAAGAAUUAUUGACACCACCAGUCUCUUCAGGAAAGCUCAAAAGGUUUCUUUCACCAGAUUUAAUACAACGGUAUCAGACAUUGUUCAAGAAAAAUCAGUUUGAAAUUAUUGGAAAGUUACUACCGAGUAGGCUUGUCAAAUGCCCGCGAAUAGGUUGCGACGAAGCAAUUUUCCGUGAAGAUUUAAAUGAAAAGUUGGUCAUGUGUCCAAGAUGCAAGUAUGCAUUUUGCAACGAUUGUCGGAAAUCGUAUCAUGCAAGGUUCAAGCCAUGUGUGAAAGUUGGCGGUGAUGAUGCAAAAUAUGGAGGCAUCCCAAUUGAUGAUUUGGAAGCCUACAAUCACAUGCCACAGGGAUCGCAUGAAAAGAAGAUUUUGAAUGCCAAGUAUGGUCGAAAUAAGAUAUUGAAAGCUAUUGAUGAAUAUCAAAUGGACAAGUUGUUCGAGCAAAUGUUGAGACAGGGUUCUGAUCUCAAGGAAUGCCCCGGGUGUGGUGCAGUUAUUGAAAAAUUUGAAGGGUGUAAUAAAAUGAAGUGCAGUGAGUGCCUCACUUGCUUUUGCUUCAAUUGUGGAACGCAAACCGAUAAUAGUUAUGAUCAUUUUACAGAUCCAAGAUCUCCUUGCUACAAGCUACUAUUUUUUGGAAUGCCUGGGAUCGAAGAUGAUGAAUGA